AUGAAGCUUCGAGCAGCACACCAUUGGAACACGGUGCAAGUGUGCUGGUUGGCCGCGUGGUGCGCUAUCGUCGCGUUGGUUCACUGCGGUCUCAACACGCCGGAGGAAAUACGGAAGGGCAAGGAAGCAUGGGAGCGGUGGCGUCGCGCGGGGAAGAGGCACAGACAUCCGGAGUGCAGAAUAUUUGGAGGCUUCCAGACUCACAUCGGCGUGUACCCCUUCGCCAUUUACAUGCAGGUCAGGGAACGUACCGACGUCUGGCACUGUUCCGGCAGCAUCGUGGCCAAGGAGUGGGUUCUAUCGGCGCGCCACUGUGGGGGAUAUGAAAUAUGGGAAGGCGUGAUAUUCGCUGGUGACGUGGACUUCACGACAGACAAGGUGUUCACAAAGUACUACGUCCAGAUACGCAUUGUCAGGGAUGCGAAGAGUUACAUACCUCCGACUCCUGACCACAAGGACCACGACAUCAUGAUGGUGCGUGUGUGGAGGGGCUUCACUUCCGUCGUUGGUUACGUCACAGUUAUUCCCAUCACUGAGGAGAGGACGCUAGAUCCAGGGUUCAAGCAGCUUUGCACCGUAGUGGGCUUCGGACGACGUGGGAGGAACCUGAUACCAGAUACAGGACUCCUGAGAGGGGCCAGCUUCCUCAUGGAGCAUGGCAGCAAGUGCGGGUACAGCGGCAUCACUGACAACGGCUUGUGCACUUUCGAUGUCAAGAAGAAGUCUGCGUGUUUCGGCGACUCUGGAGGGCCCAUCCUCUGCAACAACGUGCGGGUCCAGUUCGGCAUGGUGGUGGCGGCCCUGUACGAAAACUGCACCAUCGACUACUGCGGGGCCCCGGUCACAUUCAACAUACACCUGUUCCUCGGCUUCUACCGCGAGUGGAUCAUGAGGUUCGUCAACCCGCCUGUGGCGCCGGGGCGCCGGGACGCCGCCUCCCAGACGGCGUCUGCACCGACCCUCGCGCUGUCUUCCGGACUCGCUCUCUCCCUGCUCAGAUCCUUACCAGACUCUCUCCUGGCUGCAUGA